AUGUGCCUAGAAGAUGCAGAACUUCGGGAAUUAUUAAAAAGCCACAGUAGGGCUGCCAAGAGCCUCCCCGCUUGUCCUGCUCAAUGCAGUGCCCUUGAUGCCCUGUAUGGGGUGGGUGGCUUUGUGGUGCCAGCACGCACACGAGAGGCAUCCUGGUCUUCAUCCUCUGUAAUAGCCACCCUCUGGCCUUCAGCUCACCCUCUGCCUCCAGAACUAGAAGUGGCAUUGUCUAGAGGCCAAGGUCACUGGUCCAAAGAAGACAUUAUGAACUUACUAGAACGUAUGGAGACUAACCUUCCAUCCAAUGACAGCCACACAUUCAAAACAACUCAGUCACAGAUGGACUGGGAAAAAGUAGCUUUUAAGGAUUAUUCUAGAGAAAUGUGCAAACUCAAAUGGUUGGAGGUUUCUUAUCACCUGAGAAAAUUUCGCACUUUGACAGAAUUAGUCCGGGAAGCUAAGGAACAUGUUGAAAAGACCGACAGAAGCAAAAAUCGCAAGAAACAACUAGACUUGCCCAAGAAGCCCCUGACUGCUUACCUUCGCUUCUUCAAGGAGAAGUGGCUUCAGUGCUCCCCAAAAUAUCCCAACCUGAGCAAUCAGGAGCUGAACAAGCUCAUGUCUAAGAAAUACAAGGAGCGCCCAGAGCAGAUACAGCUCAAAUACAUUCAAGAUUUUCAGAAGGAGAAACAAGAAUUCCAGGAGAAACUGGCUCGAUUCAAGGCUGACCACCCUGAUCUAUUCCAGAACUCCAACAAAUCGAAUGCAACCAAGAGAAGCCCAAACAGGGCCCAAAAGAAGUUUCGUCAUGUGCCAGAAGUGAAGUCUCCCCCAGAAAACUAUUUUUACAAGACAAUGACAUUCCAUGGAGAGCUCCAGAAGCCCCCCAUGAAUGGACAUGAGAAGUUCCACUGGGAUUUGUGGUUGAGUAGGGAGCUACAAGAUGUGCCCCUGAGGCAGCACAGGGUGGAGAUUGGCAGGUGCUGGCAGCGAGUCCCACAGAGCCAGAAGGACCAUUAUAAAAAGCAGCAGGCUGAGGAGCUGCAGAAACAACAGUAUAAGGUGGAUCUGUAUGCCUGGCUCAAGAGCCUGUCUCCUGGAGAGUGUGCUGCCUACAGAGAGGCAACCUAUACUAAAUGUAAAAUCAUGAGCAUGAGAGGAGGUCCAGACCCCAAGGUCAGACAUGAUGUCUGA